AUGAUCGAUAACGCGCUAUAUGGGUUCACCCGGAUCCCGAAGUCAGAAGACCAUGGAAAUACUUCGGAUGUGUUUGAGGACGGAGAACCAGUGGAUCCAGGCCGGCCUUCGGUGCUGGGCCGCAGAUCAUACAUCGAUGAUAUCCUGAUCCCCGCCAAUAGCUGGCAUCAACUGUGCGACCGAGUCGAGGGAUUGCUCGAAGCGUGCGAUAAAUGGAAUUUGUUGAUCAGCGUAGUUAAAAGUUUCUGGGGAAUGCCCAAGGUCGAAUAUCUGCGUCAUAAGGUCUCUCACAAUGGACUGGAGGCGAACCCGAAAGAUCUGUCGUCAUCGACGGAUCUAGCAUUCCCUGGAUCACUUCGAGCUAUGCAGUCAUUUCUGGGAAGUCUGAACUACUAUAGUCGAUUUAUCGAAGACUACGCGAUCUACGCGUCGGUCCUGUAUGAAAUGAAUUGCGAGAAAUCGACUUUGCUGCGAUGGCGAAAGAGGCUACCCAAAGGCGGAUCCAACUAG